CCACUGAUUGGCUGUUGCGCUUGGAAGCGGUGAUUGGCUGCCUGAUGGGGCUCAGAUGAUUCUUUGACUGGUCUCUGCGACGAGCAGCGGUUGGCUACCUGGUCUGAUAUUGGGAGGCGGCGAUUGGCUCCUUGAGGAUGCUUCACUCACGUGAUCCGUUUCCGCGCUGGUAUCCCGGGGGUCGAGGCGAAGGGGGCUGCUGUUGUGGGCGAUAAUUGGUGUGUGAGAACGAGCCUGGGCGCGUCACGUCACUUCCCCUUCGGGCUAAGCGAGCCAGGUGCCACUGCAAACACAUGAAUGGCAGGAGAAGACUGUUAGCUGCCUCUGUAAUUUCUGUCCAGAACUCCAGCUUUGUGUAUCCUUCUUGUCAAAACUGCUUUUCUAAGCUGAUACUAGAUUCUAAUAGGUUUAACUGUCUAAAAUGUGGCUGCACAGGUGAAGCUAAGGAUGCAAACUACAGGUAUAAGCUGUCCCUAAAAGUUGCUGGCACUAGUGAUUUAUUUGACAUUACCGUGUUUGGAAGCUCUUUAGAGCCAUUCUUUGGGGUCACAGCAGGAAGUCUGCAGAGGUAUAUUCAAGAUUUUAACCAAGUAUCAGGAGAGCUGGACAGAGAUGCAUCUCCACGUGUGUUAAUUCAAGCAGUCAAAACUUGUUUCAUUGGGAGAAGAUUUAUAUUUGGAGUGAAGAGUUCUGAAAACCAUGAUGGAGGGCACUCUGUUUCUGACAGCACUUUGCCAAACUGCUCCAGAAUUAAUAGACUUACAAGAGAUCUUACAGCCUGCCAGAUCUUCCUGCCAAACACUGCUGUUGCCGGCUUUACUGUUAUCAGCUACUUCCAUCGGCUCCUGCAAUCUGCUAAUUUCAGGAGCAGUCGCAGUAGCUCACAGCGACCCGAUUGUCCUUUCAUUGCAAUAGAUCAGCCUAGCAGUGAGCUCAGCAGCUUGUGUAGCUCUGGCAGCAACUCAUGUUUUGUUCAGUCAAGUGGCCGAGAGAGUUUUUCAGGACCCUGGCAGCAGUCCUUUGGCCUGACUUCUUCAUCUGUUGAUUGGGUAACAACAGAAGAUUUUUCAUCUUUAGAACUGGGCAAGGCUGCUGGUGAACAGUGUAAACUACAGGAGAGGGGUUUCUCUGCAGAACUAUGCAGCUUAAGUCCCAGCAACCAAACCAUUCAAGAUUUGCAGCUCUGUAACUCGGUGAAUGAGAGAAAUGAACAGGAAGAUAAUGAAUUUAGUUCACUAUCCAGUAGGUCAAACACAAUCACUGUGACUGAAAAACUAGAGAGCUUCUCUUCUUUAAAGAGAGAAUGGUCACCUGACAGGAACAGCUCCAGGUUGUUACAAAGCCCAUUGGAUUUGGGGGUAAAAUACUCUUGCCUAGAGAUUAUCAGCAAACAUGAUUACUUUCAAGAAAAAUCUUGGAACUCCUUGCUUUGCCAGAGAAAAGAUGAUUCAUUUUGCUCCUCAGCAGUGUCUCCUAAUCAUGGAAGUGCAGCUGGAACGUCUCAGGAUGACCCUAUGAUUUGGGACGAGCUGCCAUUCUCUGAAAGUCUAAAUGAUUUCAUAGCCAGAAUUGAAAACAACAAGAGCACCAUAUCCCCAGUAGGUCUCAAUGCUCAUAAAUGUUCCCUUCGUGAAAGAAGUGAGUUGGAUGAAAAUCAUAGCAAAACAUCUUGUAGGCAAGGCAUUGUACAUACUGCCUGCAAAUCAACCACCACAACAGGGAGGUCCCCACAACUAGCAGAGAAUGUGAAUACUUGCAAAGAGCAUAUUCUCUCCUGCCAUCAAUCAAACCUCACUCCCAUAAAUGGCCAAGUAUCACAAUGUGAGCCUUUGUACAGCAUUUUAUCUACAAAUACUAAGGGAGGCAGAGAGUCUGACUUUAUACCUGACCCACCUCUGCUAGCGGACAAUUUUCUACAAUCUGAGAAAGCAAAUGUUAAUAUUUCAAACAAUGCCCAUUCUUUCACCAACCUUCAGUGUACUAUGAAAGAUGCAGAAAUCUCGUAUUUACAAAAGAGAGAGAAACCUGCCCAUUUACAUUCUCUGUAUGAUGGCUGUGUAGCCAAUUGGGAAAAUAAAGAAAAUUGUAGUUAUCCACCAAACCUAAGAACAGAUCUUACAAGCUCUCAGGAACUGGGCUGUGAUUCAGCAGCUCCCUACAAAGCUAAAAAUAUGUGUAAGAGAGAAUUAGAACCAUUAACUGAAUUGCAAGAAAAUACUGUUAGAGCUAUAAACCAGAAUGACGUGCUACAGAACAACUCCAAUCACUCCAAAAGCAGCUACAAUGCUUCUGCUGACCUCUUUGAUGCUAGUGCCAGAGAGAUAGAAACCAUGGUUGAAUUUUCAAAUAAGUCUCACAACUCUUCAGCACAGGAAGAUGUUUUGACUGAAAAGUACACAGCAUCUGAAUUAGUGUGUAGUCCAUUAGAUGUUGGCUGCCGCUCUUCUGAGUGCAGAUUCUCACUUAGUUUACCACCUCCUUUUGGUAAACACAGUACACCCAUAAGUUACUCACUUUAUGAUUCAGAACUUGAUCUGGUAGAUACCCAGAACUUUGUUCCUUAUUCACAGUCAACUCCUGUUGCAAGACCUCUUCAAAAAUUCAGAUCCCAGAGGGGGAGAGAAUCAGUUCUCCCUAAAUUGACAUCUAAAAGUCCUACUAAAAUCCACUGCAAAUGUAAACAGUCUAGGCCUUCCUUUAAAAAUACUUUAUUAAGACAGCUUACCAGCAAGUUCCCGAAACACAAAAGAUCAAGUAACACAGCCAUCAAGAAGUCUGUUUCACAAGAGUCGUUUAUCAACAGUGAGGUGCCAGAGAAUGAUUCUAAAGAAUGGAUCCCUCCAUCAGCAACAAAAUUGUUACAGCCAGUUGCAUUUUCUAAUUUAAAAACAGUUGGAUUGCAAGCCAGGAGCCCAGCUAUCUGCAAACCCAUUGACAAAAAAACGAUUUCUGAAAACAAAGCCAACAGUGGAAAGUCAAGAACUGAUACGUGUUUAAGAAGCAGAAAAUUAAAUCUUAUGAAUAGAGCUGAAAUUCCAACAACUCCUCUACCUGCAAAGGCUGCUACGGCCUUGCUUCUAAAAGAUGCGGUCACUGGCACUUGUGCCUGCUCAGAAACCCCGAAGAGCCAUUCAUGGGCAACUUAUUUAGUGGGUGGCCUGGAUGAGGCAGUUAGCUGGUCUCCUGAACUGUUUACAGAAAAAUACUAUUUCUAAGUAUGUGGCUUUUGCGGGGGAAAAGCCUCAUCUUGAAACAUGACUCUACCUCAUCUUGUUUAAUUUUUAGAGUGCCAGCAUUACCGGAGAAGGAAAAAGGACGUUUUUAAAAAGUUUAAUUAUUCACAUGUCUCUCAGCAUCUGUCUCGUUUAAGAUGAAUUAUGCCUAGCUGCAAAGCCUUUUGUCCUGCACCGAGGUUGGGGAACACAGAACCCUGCUGUCACGUUAUUUUAUUGUGGAUGAAAUGACUAAGCUAAAAAAAAGUGAAAUAAAAGUUUAACAUUAAUAGGCUAUGCAACCUUACUUUUCAAGCCUAUUCAAGCAAAGGCCUGUCUAGCCAAUAAUUGUAUCCUCCCCAGAGAGAGCCCUAGGAAUGCACCAUUCUCCUGCUUUGUUCAAAACACAGGCCCUGGAUUCUGCUUUCAGUGAAAUCCUUUUGUGGAAGGCUGACUUUGCUGUUUUAGGACCUAUUAGGAAAUAAGUCACAGGAGGGAAGAAAUUCCAUUCUAAAACAUUAGGUCCUGUGACUGGAACUAGGCAUCAGAUGACCUGCAUUCAGUUCCAUCUCUGCUACCCAUUUAGCUUUGUCUGGGAGGGAGGUCAUUAUGAUAUUUCUAAUGCACCUGUCUUGGCACCAGGAACCAUAUCCAGUCCCCAGUCAGGGGAGUCAGUAGGAGACUUUUCAUUAUUUCAGGGGCUAGUGGAAUGGGCUCCAAGGCAUCCACUGUCUCUGAGCCUUAGAUUUUUCAAUCUGCAAAAGAAAACUCAGCCACUGAGAGCUACUUGAAAGCAGUGUGUAAAUGCAGAUCUAUUCCUGUUCCAAAUCUGCCUGAACAGCAGCUUUCCUUUAUUUUCAGCAUGGAAAUUCCAUCUGCCCUCUGGAGCUCUGAAAAUCUCUCCCCCAUUUCUUUACCCUACCUCAUGGCUCCCACAUUGUAGCCACUCAUCUCCUACCCAAAGACUUUGAAGCCCCUCACUGUUUCUCUGUAAUUGGCGAGAAGGGUCACUCAGUUAGCAGGAGGUGCUUCCUCCCUCUUAAGAGCUGACCGUAUUGGCACUGCAGUGUUUCCGAAAGCCAAAAAAGAAAAGCCAUUAGUGGACAGAUACCAAGGCUCUGUAAUAUCCCCAAACAAAUCCACUUUAAAAAAAACUUUUCAGUUGUGCUCUGUGAUGUACAAGGUGAGAACCUCACACCCAUUCACAGUCUGAUCUUCAGCAGCCCAGGAGGCAGAGCUAGAGUCAUUCUCCAUCUGUACGUGCAGGUAGUGAGACACAGAGGUUCAGCGACUUGCCCGGAAGUCUGUGGUAGACACAGACAUAGAACCCAGAUUGCCUCAGUUCCAGAGCAGAAUCUUAACCCCCGACAGACCAUCUUUCCUCUCGACCUUCUACUACUCUCUGUGGCACUCUGACACCAAACAAGAGUUCUUCCCACUUCUGGGGAUCCUACACCACUAGGUAGUGAAGGGAAACCGGCUGGGCCACAUCGAGGGACCUACAGGAAUGUUCUGCCAGCCCUAUCUCAUUUGUGGAUCCUAGACAGAGGUCUGAGAGGAAGAAAACACACAGGCUCAGCUACACCAUAAAGCACAAAAUAGAA